AUGUUGAAAAAUUAAACCAGUGCGGUUAUCGCUAUUGAGAAGACUCUAGUAAUUUCUGUCGAGAUUGUUUGCUAUGUGGUCGAUUUGGAUAGUUUUGCUUAGUUUUUGUCAUUAUGGAUAUACUCAGACAGUACAUGGCGUUUGUCCCCCUUUAGUGAAUCCUAUCACAGAUUGUUCAUUAGCUAAAAUUAGUUCCAAUUGCUUUGGCGAAGACUCAGAUUGUGAAGAUGGUAUGAAAUGCUGUCCAACAGACUGUGGAUCAAACAAUUGCAAAAAUCCUCUACUGAUACAACUACCGGGAUGUCCAGUUGAUGACUUCGUUUGCUUUAGAUAUCAACAACUGUGUAACUCAGAUCAGGACUGUAAUACAGGCCAAAUGUGCUGUUAUAAUCCUUCCUGUGGAACUUCGUGCAAAGAAAAAGUAAAGAAGAUUUUAGCACCCGACGUGAACUCUAUUUAAGUAUAAGAAGACGUCUUUCAUGCUACAUAUUUGACUUGUGCUAUAUCUAAAGUGAAAAUACCAGGACAUUUGUUUUCUCGAAUUAUGCUUACUGUAAUUGGAAAGACAUUUUGGAGAACUUUGUUUCCAAUAAAAUGUUAUCGUUUUCUUAUGAAAAAUUAUAUUUCAAACAGAUAAGUAUUAAAAGAAAUUUUUAAUCUGAAUGUUUUUAAUCGAAAUUAUAUAUUGUUACCAUUUGAUUAA